AUGGCUGGGGAAGAGGGGGGCUCCAGGGGUUCUGCCGACCACCCCACUGUCACAGGCACCUCGGGAAAGGAGAACGUCCUCCCAAACCGCCCUGCUCGGAGCCAGACCAUGCCCUCCCAGGAUGCCCCUACAGCCCGGCCCUGGGGAGGGGCCCCGGGGGUCCUCCAGGCCGCGGGUGAAUCAGUGUGGAGACCGCCAGCGUGCGGCUGCCCCGCCUGCUUCCCAAGGCCUUGGCCUGGAACAGCUGCCCCGGGCCCAGCCGCUGCUGACCACAGCGCUUCACCCUCCUGCUCACAUUCUCAAGAUGACAGACGGCUAGUCUCGGAGAGCUCGCGUCCCUGCUGGCAAAGCUCCGCAGGCCCGUGCCAGGAACCCCAGGACGGCCGGGGAGCUCGGGGAGGGACUCCGUCCCUUGCUCCAAUUUUGUACAAGUGGACGCCAGAGAAGGAGCUCAAGUCCAGAGAGGCACUCAAACAAGACACGCACACGCUGCUGCUCCACGCCCUCCUCGUCUGCCUCCUGGAAGGAGACAUGCUGGCUUGGAGAAGCCGCCUCGGCGAGGUCUUCCCAGGGGCUGGCUCAGCCCCCGGCUGUGGGGGGAGCCCACCCUGGUCCCAGCACUCAGGGCGGUUACCCGUCAGCCUGGAGACUCGGGGCAGGGCCCGCCCUCCCUCUGCAGGCUCCAGCAGGCAAGACACCCACACCCCACCCGGCGGCCUGGGACGGGCGUGCUUAGCAGUGGGCCGCCCCAACCCUGGGCUCAGCCAGCACACAAUAAACAUCUGA